CCAGUGUAUCGAAGCAAGAUGGCAGCUGUUGUUGAGAAUGUUGUCAAACUGCUGGGAGAGCAGUACUACAGAGAUGCCAUGGAGCAGUGUCACAACUACAAUGCCAGGCUGUGCGCCGAGAGGAGCGUUCGGAUGCCGUUCCUCGACUCGCAGACCGGCGUGGCUCAGAGCAACUGUUAUAUCUGGAUGGAGAAAAGACACAGGGGACCAGGCAUGGCUCCAGGACAGCUGUACACUUACCCAGCCAGGAGGUGGAGGAAGAAACGAAGAUCUCAUCCUCCAGAAGACCCCCGGCUUAUCUUCCCUCCGGUUAAAUCAGAGAUAGAUUUAGGACUGAAGAAGGAUGCUCUGUUGUCAUCGGAUGGCAGCAGCCUGGAGGCCCUGCUGAAGGGGGAGUCCUUGGACAAAAGGACAUCCGCAGACCUCCGAGGCUCUGAGGAGGAUUCCAACAUGAGUGAUUACACCGGAGGCCUGAACCCUGCCGCCCGGAUCAGAAAGAGAAUCAUCGAGCCUGACGACUUCCUGGACGACCUUGACGAUGAAGACUAUGAAGAAGACACGCCUAAAAGAAGAGGCAAAGGGAAAGGGAAGGGCCGAGGAGUGGGCAGCAGCAGGAAGAAGCUGGACACGGCAGCACUGGAGGACCGAGACAAGCCGUACGCCUGUGACAACACUCUCAAACAAAAGCAUAUUUCAAAACCUUCUGAAAGAGAAAGCAGGAGACCUCAGGAACCUGUCUGUGGGAAGCGCUACAAGAACCGUCCUGGCCUGAGCUACCACUACACCCACUCCCACCUGGCCGAGGAGGAGGGUGAGGAUAAAGACGACAUGGAAAUGAACGAGCCCGCCCUGUCGCUGCCCGAGGAGCCAAAAACUCCAAAGAAAGGUCCAGAUGGGCUCGCGUUGCCUAAUAAUUACUGUGAUUUCUGCCUGGGAGACUCCAAAACUAAUCACAAGACCGGCCAAUCAGAGGAGCUGGUGUCCUGCUCUGACUGUGGACGUUCAGGCCACCCCUCCUGCCUGCAGUUCACUCCUGUAAUGAUGGCCGCCGUCAAGACGUACCGCUGGCAGUGCAUAGAGUGCAAAUGCUGCAACAUGUGCGGCACAUCGGAGAAUGAUGAUCAGCUUCUGUUCUGCGAUGACUGCGAUAGAGGCUAUCACAUGUACUGUCUCAACCCCCCCAUGUCUGAACCUCCAGAGGGAAGCUGGAGCUGUCAUCUAUGUCUGGACCUUUUGAAAGACAAGGCAUCUAUAUACCAGAACCAGAACGCCCCACCGUCGUGAUGGCCGCUCUGGCCCGCACGCACUCAUCACCCAGCCGUCCUGCAGCAGCGUCGUUUACCCUUCAAGAUAAGAUGACAGACUUCCCCGACAAGCUGACCUCAGAGAGAGUGUGUUCUGGACAUGGAUAAAGGGAAGGAAUGGGAGGUAUACCUUUACCAGACUGGCUUCAGUUACCAUCAGAUACGACUGUUACACAGUUCCAACCUCAGAUUCAGUCCCACAGAUUUUUAUUUUCACCGCCUUGCCACAUAAGCAAUUUCAGCACCAAUCAUGAUCGCAGAUAGAAGCAUAAAUAGCCAAAUAAUCCCUUCAUGUUCAGCUUUUUUUUCUUUUUUUAAUUUUGUUGUUUUUUUUUUAACACAUGCAAAGUUGCUAAAACCUUGUCAGUGUACUGAUUUUAUGAUUAGAGCAUAAAUAGAGCUCAUUGAUUUCAAAUAGCAUGCCAAUGCUCACUCAUAGUGUAAAAAAAAAAAAGACAUUUUAUAAUAUUUAUAUAUUUCUAUAGUAUAAAUAUAUAUAUAUAUAUAUAUAUUAGUGUUGAGUGUGAACAAAUUGGAAACAGAAUGGUUAUGAUAUGUUUUAGAGCCCAUUUCAUCCAGCACCAGGUGUUGUUUUAUUGAACUGUAUUUGGCUGGUCAUUCGAUAGAGUCAAAGGGAUUUGCUGAGACUGUAAAUAAUUUUUCCAUGUCAUCCGCUGCCUGCGGCCACAUAAAGGUACACAGAGAAACUGCUUGUCGAAGGUGGCUCCAAAGGCUGAAGGACUUCAGGGACGUUAGACUGAAGUCCAAUGAUGGACUCGUGUUUGUGCUGCACUCAGAGCUGCUGAAAGACCUACUAAUGUGCUAGUUUCAUUUGGCAUUGGGGCCUUUUUGACCAACCUGUCGGCUCUUCUCCAAAGCAAACUUGAUAUUGUAUCUCUCACCGGGCCGCACAUCUGGCCUGUGUUAGACAGAUGUGAUAAAGUCGAGUCAAAUACAAAUCCCACUAGCAUUAUCAGCCCGAUUAAAGGGAUAAUCGCUGUGUUCUAGCAGUUUGCUGAUGAUGCACCAUAUCCAUCGUUCUGUUGAUGUUGUGACACCACUAGAUUUCUUUUUUUUUUCUUCUUCUUUUUUUUUUUUAAUCUAAGGACAAUGUGACCUCAAUUAUGGUCACUUGCUGACAAUGUAAAAGCAAUAGAAGAGCCCUUUUAAGGAGGCAGGGAUGACAGGGACUCAUGGCUGAGUCUGUUUAGGCUCUGUUGCGAGAUAAUGUGCGAUACUGUAAAUGUUCUUUAUCAGAAAAUGCUAUUACAGAUAGUGGACUGUGGCAAGAAUUAUGGAUGGCUCCAUACUGUAGAAAAGAGAUUAUAAUGUGUAUAUGUAUAAUGUGGGGAGAUGGCUCUUUCUGUCACUGCUUUCAUAGUUUGAUUAUGCAAUGGUUUCCUUCUGUGUCAAGGUGAGAGGAAGUCUGGCUGAACUGCUAAAAGCAGUAACUUUACCUCACACAGAAACAGUAUUUAAAGGGUUGAAACAUGCUGUAGAUAGAUGGCACAAAGACCGAGGGAUAAAUAGUCAUGACAGCUGCAGCAUCUGCUUCAAUAACUGCAUAAUCUUACAGUUAAACAAGUGCAUGUUCAGUAAUUGUCAGCACUCGUCUUCUCCGUAGUUGUCUCAGAGUUAGGCCGGCAAAGGUGUUGGGAAGUGGUGUAAUAUAAAUUAACCAUGCUGUCAUGUUUCAAUAGCCAACUAACAAUUACUAAAGCAUUACACAAGUAUAACUUGGUUUAUUUUCUCAUCAUGUUUUAAACUUACUGUUCUAUCUAGAGAGACGGUGGCUACUAGGAUAUUUUGCUGGUCGUUUUUUUUUUAAAUUUUGUUUGUUGGUUUUUUGUUUUCUUUUUGUGUUUGUUUUUGUAUUCAUCAGUGAUGUUUGCAUACCUGAUGUGUGGGACAUUUCGGGACUCAAGCGGAAGUUGCUUUCUAGUUAAUCCUGUGAUCCAGGUCUGAACUGAGCCGCUCUCCUCCAAAGCUCCACAACAAGAAGCAAAGUCCAUAAUGUGAUUAAGAGGAUAACGGCGUUCAGCGGUUAAGCAGCCAACAUCCAAACUAAACUGACAUAAACAAGAAGCACGUGUUCGGCUUUUGUUGUCACAGACGGUUCUUGUGUCAUUUUAAUAUCAGACUCGGGUUUUCUUGCUUCCAGCUUUGGGUGAGACGCGUUCAACUAUAGUAAUAACAUAUUUAACCCUUUCAUGCAUGCUGUCGGCGCUGGCUUUGUACCCAUUUUUAUUCCUGUGUUGCAUGGUGUCCACAUGUGUGGGCAGUGAGAUUUUAUUUUUAGAAAAAGAGGAAAAACUUUUAGCACAAUUCCCAUAAUUUGUGCAUGAAAGGGUUAAAUCGAGGUCAUAGGUUUACAUAGUAGGGGAAUUCUCAUAGGGUGGAUUUUGAUUUGGAUUGUGAUGGAAUGUUUUAUUGUAUGAAAAUUUAUCUUCAGGAAAAUAAAAAUACUAAGCAC